GCUAGACAGAAACAUAUUUACUCAGAUUUGAUCUCUUCCGCUAGCUGGACGGAUAAUCAUGGAUUUAAUCUGAAUCAAUUUAGUCGACUAACAGGAGUUGAGAGCAACAGCAGACAGGAUGAGUUGGGGAGCACUAUAUGCCCAGCUGGGAGGGGUGAAUAAACACUCUACCAGCUUGGGCAAGAUCUGGCUGUCUGUCCUCUUCAUCUUUCGCAUUUGCAUCCUUGUAAUAGCUGCUGAGACAGUCUGGGGGGAUGAGCAGUCUGACUUCAUCUGUAACACACAACAGCCAGGCUGCAAAAACGUGUGUUACGACCACUUCUUUCCUGUGUCACACAUCCGUUUAUGGUGCUUGCAGCUCAUCUUUGUGUCCACACCAGCUUUGAUGGUGGCUAUGCAUGUGGCAUAUCGCAAGCACAAUGUAAAGAAAAGCCUUAUGGCCAACCAUGGUGACACUGUUAAAGAGGAUGACCUGGAGAGCCUGAAGAAGAGGCGUCUACACAUCAGUGGCAUGCUUUGGUGGACCUACACCUGUAGCCUGUUCUUCCGGCUCCUUUUUGAAGCAGGAUUCAUGUAUGCCCUUUAUUAUGUCUAUGAUGGGUUUCAGAUGAAACGCCUUGUGAAGUGUGAUCAGUGGCCCUGUCCCAAUAAAGUUGACUGCUUUAUCUCACGGCCAACUGAGAAGACAGUCUUCACCAUUUUCAUGGUGGGAUCUUCCGCCAUCUGUAUUGUGCUCAAUGUGGCUGAGCUGGCCUAUCUGAUUGUGAAAGCAUUGAUGAGGUGCUCAGCCAGAGUCAAGGGGCAGCGCCCCUUUAUACACCAAGAUAAAAUAUCUUCAGAAAAUGCACUCUUACAGAACCAGAAGAAUGCGAGAUUGCUGUCAUCAGUUUCAGACUCCUCAAGCAAUAAGACUGCAUAACAUCCAGUGACUUAAUUCUACUAACAUGGAUGAUAAUAGGCUUGUAGAAUUUUGACAGUGUUUAAAAGCAUGUGCUUUAUAGCUUGUGUUUAUAGGAGAGAACACAAAGCAUUUGCAAACUUUAGAGCAAGUGUCAGGCAAUGUUCAUUACGAAGAUUCCUCCCCUAAGCCAAAGAAUGAUUGUGUUUUUUGCACAAGUUAGAAAUGGCAUUGCUAAGUUUUGUAGUUUAAAAAAAAGUUGUGUGUGUGUGUGUGUGUGUGUGUGUGUGUAUGUGUGUCCUGUGAGAAAUGUCCUGCAGUGACUCCUAGUGGUCACAACUACAUAACAAUCUUCAGAGAUUUUGUCCUUUUUUAGGGCUAAUUUACUAACAUAUUUUGUAUUGUUAAACUUUUUCUCUUUUUUAUAUACUUGCAUUAUUUGUAUUAUUUCUUUACUUUUUGUAUCAUAACAAUGAAAACAAAAGUUUUAGAACAGCAACAUAAUUUGUAGGCCUGGUGGUUUUCUCUAAUCUGUUUAUGCCUUUAAUUGUGUUUGUAUUGUGAAUGGUUUAAAUGUCUUCAACAACGGCCAGGCUUUGUUUAAUUCUGGUGUUAUCCAUAAGGUUGUCCAUUGCACUGACUCCUACCAGGGAUUUCACAUCAGAUUACAACUGUGCCUUCUUUAAUUGGGAACUUGCCUCUCUGUGGCCUUUAAAUUACUUAGUCAGGAGAGAAUGUUUAGGCCUACUAGUGGCACGAACUUUGACCUUACAGCUAUGACAUCUUGUUAGACAGUCUACCUGUUGACAGGUGAGAGAGCAUGUUAACUGACAAAGUCACGCUUUGCCAACUGCCAUUUUUUCAUCAUCUGAAUUUUUACCUAGAGAUGACGGUUAUUGGGAGUUUAAUAUAACAAGCUUUUACCAAUGCAAUUUAAGUAAUACAACACAAGCAAGAACGCUGUCCUGUAUAACAAGUGAACACAAUUUAAUAGCUUGUUUCAGACAAAAAUCAAGCAGUUAGUUUGUUUAUUUCUUAUUCGCCAGAAAACAAUGAAGCCAACGCUGGUUUCAGACUAGAGGUGUUUUGUCUGUGAACAAAUCAUAUAUUUUUUUUUUAAAACAAAUCUUUAAGGGGAACCAAUCGUUUCCAUUCACUUCCAUUUUUUCCAGUUUUUUUUUAACUAAUCAGUUUUUCAGUGAAUAAAUGAC